AUGUCAGAUGACGCUGUGCCACAUCAAGUGGAAAUAACCAAUUUCUUACAGCUCUCAACUCUUCUGUAGUGCCGCGAGAAUAUUCCCAGGCGAGCCCAGAUAGGAAGGAGCACCAUAAUGUGGCUGUUCGUAAGCAUUGCUUGUUUAAUGUGCGUCGGCAAGAACUCAGAUGCGAGCCCCGAGCUGUCCCUGAAUAUUGGUGGAAUUGUCCACUACUACGGGUAUCCCUAUGAGGAGCAUGAAGUGGUGACAGACGACGGCUAUUACCUCACCAUGCAGAGGAUUCCUCACAGCAGAGACGACCCAGGAAGCACGGCCACCUCCCAUGAAGCAGAGGCACAGGGCUCCAGCAUGACCUGUCCCCCUCCAAAGCCCGUGGUCCUCCUGCAGCAUGGCCUGAUGUUGGAGGGAAGCAGCUGGGUUAUCAACUUACCCAACAGCAGCCUGGGCUUCAUUCUCGCCGACGCUGGCUAUGAUGUCUGGAUCGGAAACAGCUGGGGGAACAGCUGGUCACGAAAGCACAAGAAGUUUGAUUUUCACCACCAGGAAUACUCAGCUUACAGCUUUCAUGAGAUGGCCAUGUACGACCUUCCAGCAACGGUCAACUAUAUUCUGCAGAAAACUGGACAGGAGCAGUUAUACUACGUGGGUUACUCUCAAGGCACCACCACAGGUUUCAUUGCAUUUUCGUCCAUUCCUGAGCUGGAUCGCAAAAUCAAGAUGUUUUUUGCCUUGGGUCCUGCCACCAAUAGCUCAAAUAUGAAGACACCAUUGGCAAGGGUGCUUGACCUUCCCGAGGGGCUGGCUAAGUUCAUUUUAGGAUUCAUAAUGGCCUUCAAUAAGGGCAAGACCUUGCACCAAGCGAUUUCCAGUCUGUGCAGCUACCCCAUCUUUAAAAGCUUUUGCUCCUUGGUCUUUUAUUUGCCUGGUGGGCCCAGCAACAGCUUCAAUGUGGGCCGCAUAGAUGUCUACCUGUCCCGCUACCCUGAUUCAACAUCCCUAAAGAACCUGUUACAUUGGCGCCAGCUCUAUCAAACAGGGGAAUUCCAAUGGUAUGAUUAUGGCAGUGACAACAUACUUCAUUACAAUCAGACCACACCUCCCUUUUAUGAACUGGAAAAUAUGAAGGCCCCGCUUGCUGUGUGGUAUGGUGGCAGUGACUGGAUUUCAGACCCCGAAGACGUAAACAUCACACUGACUCGCAUAACCAAUGUGGCAUACAAAAAGUACAUUCCCGAGUUCACCCACUUUGAUUUCCUUUGGAGUACGCAAGUGUAUGAACAAGUGUACAAGAAAAUUCUUGAACUGAUGCAGAAAAGCGCCUAG